UGGCGCUGAGGAGCGGAGUCGGAGGCUGCUGCCCGCUGGCAGGCUGGGGGCGGCAGCCGCGCGCUGCUUUCGCACAGGCGGGUCGGAGCCGGGGGCUGGAGGAGCCGCAGCUCUGAGCGCGCAGGGAGCUGCGGGAGGUGGAAGGAGCCCAGCCCGGCGUGCAGCUCCUCUCCCGGGUUAAAUCUACAUUUGUUCUGGAAAACCGUCAGUCUUGCCACUUUGUUUGGUGUCAUGGUUGCUUGCACAUAUUUAGAUAGUAUCUGUCAGAACACCUACUGAAUAUGGCCCUGAUGGAGACCAGUGCUACCUGAGAGGCACUUUCUUCUCAACCAGAAUCUCACUAGUAACAGAAGAGUGGUAUAUCAGUCACUAUGUACAUUGGUUUUGCACUCCUGAAGUAAACAUGAUGAAAACAGAGCCUUCAGGAGAAAGAUCAACCCUCCGAAGUGCCUCUCCUCACAGGAAUGCUUACAGAACUGAGUUCCAGGCACUAAAAAGCACCUUUGACAAACCUAAAUCAGAUGGAGACCAAAAAACGAAAGAUGAAGGAGAGGCCUCUCAGCAGAGCAGGGGGAGGAAAUAUGGUUCAAACGUCAACAGGAUUAAAAACUUAUUUAUGCAGAUGGGCAUGGAGCCCAGUGAGAGCACUGGAGUUACCCCUAAAACCAGAGGGAAAAGUGGUCCCCUGUCUCCUCAAAGAAGAAUUAGGCCCAAAGAAUUUGUGGAGAAGACAGAUGGCUCAGUUGUAAAAUUAGAAUCUUCAGUUUCAGAAAGGAUUAGUAGAUUUGAUACUGUGCAUGAUGGUCCUUCCUAUUCCAAGUUUACUGAAACUCGAAAGAUGUUUGAGCGAAAUGUUCAUGAAAUGGGACAUUCCAAUCGCUAUUCCCCAAAGAAAGAGCGAGUAGUUUCCAAUGAACUCCAAGAUGAGUGGUGUAGCUCAAAGUCUAAUAGAGGCAGUACUGAUUCAUUGGACAGUCUUAGCUCAAGGACAGAGACUGUCUCUCCAACAGUGAGUCAGCUCAGUGCAGUAUUUGAGAACACUGAUUCACAUAGUGUAAUUGUUUUAGAAAAGCCAGAAAACAAUGAAGAAUACUCUGUAACUGGUCAUUACCCACUAAACCUGUCAUCUACUGUUGCAAAUCUGUCCUCCACUGUUGCAAACCUUGAUGGAUUCAGUCCCUUAAAAGAUGCUAAUGCCUGGUCUUCACCAGCCAAACAAACUACAAGUUCAAUAUCUGCUGAGACCUUUCAGCAAAACAGUACGCCUUCAACAAUAAGAGAAGAACCUUCUAACAGCACUUUGCCAGUAUCCAAAACAAAUGAAGAAAUAAGGAAGAAUAAGGAAGCAAGUUAUGAUCCUGUUGAUGUUUGUGCAGCAACUAAACAAGAAUUGGCCAGCAUCAUUAACAGCGAAAAGCGUGAAGAAUCCUAUACCAGGACUAAGGAAAAAAUAGAUACAGAAGUUUCUUUACAACAAAAAGAACAUUCACAAAAUGCAGAGAGUGCCUGUAUUGGCACUGAAGCUGCAGAUGUACCAAGAAACUUGGUAGCAGGUGGUGAUUUUGCAACAGAUAUAGCUUCAGAUGCUACUGAAUCCCACUAUGAUGAUGCCAGUGGAAAGGAAGUCCAGGAAGACUUGAAUAACUUUCAGAGUUCACAUGUAUAUAUGCACUCUGACUAUAAUGUCUACAGGGUGCGAUCAAGGUAUAAUUCUGACUGGGGAGAGACAGGAACAGAACAGGAUGAUCAAGAUGACAGUGAUGAGAACAACUAUUAUGAACCUGAUAUGGAAUAUGCUGAAGUUAUUGGAUUGCCAGCUGAAGAUGAAAUACCAGCAAACAGAAAAAUUAAGUUUAGCAGUGCUCCAAUUAAGGUUUUCAACACAUACUCCAAUGAAGACUAUGACCGGAGAAAUGAUGAAGUUGACCCAGUGGCUGCAUCAGCUGAAUAUGAACUUGAAAAGCGUGUGGAAAAACUGGAGCUUUUACCAGUGGAACUAGAAAAAGAUGAAGAUGGACUUGGCAUCAGUAUUAUUGGAAUGGGAGUUGGAGCAGAUGCAGGCCUUGAAAAACUGGGAAUAUUUGUCAAAACAGUAACAGAAGGUGGGGCAGCCGAAAGAGAUGGCAGGAUCCAAGUAAAUGACCAAAUUGUAGAAGUGGAUGGAAUCAGUCUGGUUGGCGUUACACAAAAUUUUGCUGCAACCGUUCUCAGAAACACCAAAGGAAAUGUCAGGUUUGUAAUUGGACGAGAAAAGCCAGGACAAGUAAGUGAGGUUGCUCAGCUGAUUAGCCAGACCCUAGAACAAGAGCGUCGCCAGAGAGAGCUCCUGGAACAGCAUUAUGCACAGUAUGAUGCAGAUGAUGAUGAGACAGGAGAAUAUGCUACUGAUGAAGAAGAUGAAGACAUGGGACCUAUCCUUCCAGGAGGUGACAUGGCCAUUGAAGUGUUUGAUCUUCCUGAGAAUGACGACAUGUUUUCCCCAACCGAGCUGGACACCACUAAGCUUGCUCACAAAUUCAAAGAGGGUGAAGAUGGAAGGGGUGAGAGCAGCCGGAGCCUCAUGGGGGAGUUGCAAAUCAAACAUGCAGUUACAGAGGCUGAGAUUCAAAAGCUGAAGACAAAGCUACAGGCUGCAGAGAAUGAGAAAGUGAGAUGGGAACGGGAGAAGUCCCAGCUCCAACAGAACAUUGAGGAGAAUAAGGAAAGGAUGAUGAAACUAGAGAGCUACUGGAUUGAGGCCCAAACCCUGUGUCACACUGUGAAUGAACACCUCAAAGAGACUCAAAACCAGUAUCAGGCUUUGGAGAAGAAAUAUAACAAAGCAAAGAAAUUGAUCAAGGACUUUCAGCAAAAAGAACUUGACUUCAUCAAACGCCAGGAAGCUGAGCGAAAAAAAAUAGAAGAACUGGAGAAAGCGCACCUUGCAGAGGUUCAAGGCUUACAAGCUCGUAUUAGAGACUUGGAAGCUGAAGUUUUCAGGCUGUUGAAGCAAAAUGGGAGCCAGGUUAACAAUAACAACAACAUUUUUGAAAGGCAAACACCUUUUGGAGAAGUUUCCAGAGGAGAUCCAGUGGAGAGCCUAGAUGUAGAGCAAGUGUCUUGUCUGGAUGGCUUAAGUCAAGAUUUCAAUGAAGCAGUCCCAGAAACAGAGAGGCUGGACUCCAAAGCACUGAAAACUCGAGCCCAGCUUUCAGUAAGGAACAAACGGCAGAGACCUACUAGAACAAGGCUCUAUGACAGUAUCAGUUCAACUGAUGGAGAGGACAGCCUUGAACGAAAGCCUUCAGACAGUUACAGUAGUCCCAUGCACAUUUCAAAAUCACCUCUGCCCAUAUGUGUGAGAGCAUCCUCACCAGCAUCAGAUUCUGGUGCUUCCUCCCUCUCCCCAGUGGCUAGCAGUGCAGCCUUCUCAUUUGACAACGUAGCUGAAAACCAAGAAGGAGGACAGCAGCACAAAGGAGGUGUGCUUUCCCAUUAUGCUCGGGGAGACACUCCACUUUCCUCUCCUUCAAAAUCCAGUCACAGUUCUGAAACAUCUCCUUUGCAUCACCCAACCAACAGGAAUGUUUUACAAGACAAAGAUAUCCUAGGUGGUCACACAGGUCCCCAAUCAUCAAGAACAACUAACCCUAUUAUGGGGCAGGCAGAAAAAAUAAAGCGAAAGCUUGUGGAUCUUGGGGCUCCCUUGAGAAGGAGUUCCCACAAGGGCAAGAAAUGGAAAGAGAGAGAAGUCAUUAGGGUGGCCUGUGGCACCAGGACCACUCGAGAGAUGCUGGAGAGCUCAGCAAGCAAUGCAUCUAUAUCAGAGCGAUCCUCCUCUCUCCCCUAUAGCAUACCAUUCACAUGGUAUGGAGAGAGUGGCAGGGGAUCCAAUUCUUCCAGCAACCUGCCUUCAUCUAGCAGCUCAACUGAACCGUCCUCUGAAAAUCUAAGUCCAGCUAAAAAAGGGUCCAAGAAUUUCACAUUCACUGAUGACUUCAGUCCCAGCAGCACAAGCUCAGCUGAUUUGAGUGGUUUAGGAGCAGAACCGAAAACCCCUGGUUUCUCUCAUUCCUUAGCAUUAUCAUCAGAUGAGAGCCUGGAUAUGAUUGAUGAUGAGAUCCUUGAUGAUGGACAGUCUCCUAAACACAGUCAGUGUCAGAAUCGUGCUGUUCAGGAAUGGAGCAUACAGCAAGUUUCCCACUGGUUAAUGAGCCUCAACUUUGAACAGUAUGUUUCUGAAUUCACCGCCCAAAACAUUAAUGGAGAGCAUCUCCUUCAGCUGGAUGGGAGUAAGCUUAAGGCCCUUGGUAUGACAUCUUCCCAGGACCGAGCAAUCAUUAAAAAAAAGCUAAAGGAAAUGAAAGUGUCCAUCGAGAGAGCUCGAAAAGCUCAAGAGAAAAUGGAAAAGCAAAGGGAAAAGCUUAGGAAGAAAGAACAAGAGCGGCUUCAAAGGAAGUCAAAGAAACUAGACAAGUCUUCAUCAGAUGCAACAGAGGGCGCUAAUGAGCAAUGAUGAGCCAGAACUACUACUAUGUUAGUUAAUGUGGAGACACUUCAGGCAAAGAAACUCAAGUUGUCUACAGUACCCCUCCCAUUUUCUUGUGGUCAUUACACAGGAAUAUGUACACAAAUAUGAUGCUAUAAAUAGAAUGAAUAGGGAAGUUUAUAUUGUCUGGCUACAUUUUCCUGUAGUUACAAUACAUGCUCUUAUUUUUGAUCCGCUGAACAAUCCAAAACCAUUGUUUUAUUUUAUUUGUUGUUGUUGUUGUUGUUACUUGCAAGCCAGGUAUCCUAUUUUGGAGAAACAUUGAGGGAUUUUACUUUCAAACUGCUAUUUUGUAUUGGGCUGGUUGUGUUUGGUCAUAUUGGUAACCAGUGUGACAAAGAGGGAUGUGGUCCAUUGCAUCACAACCACAUUUUGAACAGGAUCCCUGGUGGUAGAUUGCAAUGAUCAGAGGAGAUUUUUGAAUCUGGGUAACUGGAGUUGUUCCCACAUCUGUUACCAUUGACUCAUAUUUCUAACUGGAAUCUCAACUCUUUUACACGACUCUGAUAUUUAGUUCUGUCUGCUGGAACAGGCUACAGCUCGCAUCAGUACCUUAAAAUGCCACCGUUUUGCAAAUGCAAUUGUUCAGUGACUUGUAAUUAUAUGCUGGAGAUAAGGAUAGGAGAGUCAUUAUCCUUUCUGGGCAAAAGAGGGGAAGUUGACACUCUUGUGAGCUGUACAGUAAUUUAAUACAAGAAGGAGACAAAGCUGGUUUACAAGGGGUUCUGAGGGUAACAUUUAUCCUCCCGAUAUCCGAGCAAGGCUGACUUUCUGACCUUGACACAACAGAUAGAUCUUUAGAGUACACAGGUCAUUGUGCUCAUGGGGUGUACAGAUAAACUUUCCUGUAACACACUAUAAGCUUCCUUUUUAAACAGAUUCUGAAAAGAAAAGUGGGUGUUUGGAGGGGGUUGUAUUUCUAAGGAAAAUACCACAUCUGCAGAUUCUGUCUCCACUGAGUGCUGGGGGCAGUGAGCUUUGUGCUCUGACCUGCAGAGCUGUGAUCUAAUCACAACUGCUGUCUGCUGAAAUGAUCUCCAAAUUUGAGCCUGCUAAAGGCUUUCAGUUUUCAAUGAGGUGCACUUUUAAAAAAAAAAAAAAAAAAAAAUGCUGCUCAAAGGAAAACAAGAUUCACUAAUAUUAAGGCCAACUAAUAUAGGCUACAAUAUGGAAGAAGGCUACUAAAUGCAAAGCUGUCAUGCACUACCUGUUUUAAAUAGAGUGUCGUGAGGACAUUCCCCACUAAAAAUUCAGCCUUGAGGCAUACUUUGCAGAAUGUUUGGAAUGCUUAAAUUGGCUGUUGCGCUACAUACUUCAGAGAUUUCUCGUAUAUAGAUAUGUCUAUUAAUGAAGCAAACAGUAUAGUCUGGCACUGUGUGGUAUUACAGUCUCUUAGCAGCCUCUAUUUAAAUUUUCAUUAUUUCACCAAAUGAAUGGGAGGACAAUGAACAAGCUUACAUAAUGGGAAGAUGAAGAUAUUACAUUAUUGCUUUAUAGUCAACGCUUACUGUGUAAUAGCAUUUAUAGGUUAUAGCAACAUCCGUUCUCUUCAAUGCAUUCCAUACGUAUUGACAUAAGUAGUAAUCUCUGUGUAGUCAGUCAUGCCAGGAGUUAAUUCUUAUUUUGUUAGUCAUUGAUGCAAAAUUAAAAACUUGGAGUUUCAGCAGACUGAAAGUUAACUGCACAUGCUGAAUGAUUUUUAAAGGGAUUUUUUUCCCCAUCAUAUACUUUGACAUUUACUUUUUUUUUUUUUUUUUUUAAAAAGCUCUUCUGAAGCUCAGAGUUCUGGAAUGUCUUAACUGGGAUGCUAUGCGCAUAUUAUCUAACAUUUGUCAAAUUUUCAUUUUAAUGACGAUAGUAUUUUUACCUGUAGAAAACUCUGUAAAUAGAUACAACUUAGUUCAUUCAGUACGAAUAAUCUGACAAAUCUACUUAGUAAUGGCUUCCUUUUUGUUUCCAAAUCUACUUUCUGUAUGUUUCUGGUAUAUAUUUCAUUGAUCUAUAGACAUAAAGUAAUGAAACUGCUGUGAAGGACACUCUAUUAAAACAGCGUUGAUAUUUCUGGUAGGUCUUGGUGUUUCCUAAUGCUGCCAGAGAGAAAAAGAGGCCAUUAGUGGAGAAAUAUAAUUGUGGGGAGAAAUCAUCUCUUCAGUUGAAUCUUUCUAUCUCCUUUCUAGGAGACAAAUUAUACUACAGUGUCAUGGUGACCUGGUGAAACUAAUGCUCAGUUAUUUUAGGAGCUUAUGAAGUUAUAUUUAGGUAAGAGAAAGUUAUCUGGAAGAAACUGGAAAUGUACUAUUUUAAAUACAAUGUUGAUAAAUGCAUUAGAUGAUUAUUUUCUCCUUAAGUUAUGUUUACAUGAUGGUAAUGUUUUAAGUGGUUGUACAUAAUAGACUGUGGGCAUGUUCCUAUUUAUGUUCUUUGUUUUCUUAAAAGCCCAAGGCAGACUACUGUGUGUGUUAUGCAUUGAUUUUUCAUUCUUGCUGUUUAGAACAGUGUCUAGUUAACCUCGUUGUAAAUCAGGUUCUUACUCUGCAGAUAGCUAAUUUGAUUUAUGUGCUAGUAAUUAUUGUUUUUACUAUUUUAUAGCUAAAUGGUGAAUUUAAACUUUUUGUAAUUAUUUGAGUUGAAAAUCUAACUUUAAAAAAUAGAUUUAAUCAGUUAAAAAUAAAAGCAUAAAAUGCAAAGUGACCAAUGAAAACAAAGUGGACCAAGCUGUAUCUGAGUUCUGCUCUUCCUUCUAUGAUAAGAUAUAUUUUUAAGAUUCCUUUUUAUUAAAGAUAGUCAUUGAUGUAUGGCACACACACAGUCAUGUCACAAUCACAGUGUUUGUGACCAAUACAGUUUGAGUGGUUUCUAGAAAACCAUAAAAGGUUUGUCACAAUUUUUCUUUCCCAUAUUGAGAAAUGAUAUGCAUUUGCCAUUAUAUAUCUAAUUAAAAACUCAGAAUGCCUUUAACCACCUCACUGUAAGCUUCCCCUAAGAACAAUGCUAGUUUAGAAUAGUGUGUUACCUCUAUCAUAAGAAGGAACAGAAUGGACAAAUGUCCUGUACUGAAUGAAUAGAUGAAUCUUCUGCUCCCAGCCUAGCUGGCAGAGUAUCUUCCACAAAUGUGACUCUAAGCUUCUUUUGUGGCUUCCUGAUCCCUGGGCAGCCAGUCACCAGUCCCAAUGAGUAAUUUAGAGCAGUCUCAGGUAUUCUGUAAGGUGUGCUAGCUUCCUAGGGGCUAUUCUGCAGCCUGGUGUCCCUGGAGCACAUCUGCACUCUGGCCAUAUUCUCUCUAAUCCAGCCAUACAGCCUAUGCCAGCUCUACCCCAGUUAGUUAUUCUCCUGUGCUGGUGCACUCGCAGCUAACUGGUUAGCUAACGUUCACCCUGUUUUGUAUGUGGUAACUGAGUUCUGGAAGUUCUGGAUCUGCUAGUGCCAAUAGGUUUGGCAGCCCUAGUCUAUGUACUUAUGCACAUCUUCUAGCUGUGAAAAGAUUGUGAAAGAGUGAAUGAAGGAGGCAGAGAGUGGGAUUUUUAAGAUAUAGGAAAUAACAGAUGCAAAGGUGCUCUCACAAGCUUAGCCCCAGAAAAGCUAGUGUCUGCAUUGAAAUCCAGCAGUUGCAUUGAAACCGUUCUGGAGCAAAAGGCCAUGGUUUGUUCUGUACAAACUGCCAAAUAUGUAUGGGUCUCAUUCCCCAUUGCCUGGCACCUUGUGGAGCCAUUUGCAUCUGGGCAAUGAGUGCUAAAAGCUGUCAUUCUGAUUAGGUGGUGUUGGACUCCCACUGUGUACUAGUGUAGAUGAUUACACCAAGUGCAAAGCAAUGAGGAACUCAGCCCAUUUAAUGUUGCAUAAUGCAGAUUAGUAUUGUCCACCGGUUUCUGCAUUUCAUCUGCCUGCCUUAGCAGAGCUAAUGAUGUUCAUGUACAUAAAGCCCAUCACAAUUAAUGGAGUAAAACUAAAUAAUGGAGCAAAAAAGUAACAAAAGCUGUACAGAGCUGGGUUAUGUUUCUAUAUCGGCUUGGGUAGGUGCUUUUAUGUCAGUAACCCUUUAUUGUGCCACGAUGGAGCUGAGACAAUGCUGCAUUUCUAAACAGGAGUGUUCACAGGAUCUAGAGCAGCAUUUCCUAGAAGCCACAUCAGUCCUCAACUCCCAUUGAUGUUAGUGGGAAUUUAGGAUGUUUAUCAUCUGGCAGCCUCAGGUCUCAGCAUGUCCACUGCGCGUACAAGCACCAGCUGCCAUCCAUGCAAUUGUGUGAUCUCUGACUCACCAGCAAUUGCUGUUUAGAGCACACACAGGCAACCAGAGGCAAUGAUGCCCACCACAUCUGCUGAUGUGUUCCUGUUGAAAUCAAAGAAGGCAUAGGCAGUAGUAUCAUUUUGCGUAUGUGGGGCUGGGAUAUACUGUUCUAGUCUAGUAUCCUGUGCUAUGGAACUGAAAAUCAGAAGGAAAGUUUUGUAUUUGCAUAGCCGUAUUUCUUUAAAAAGUAUCUUAAAGAGCGAUUUGUACAGGGUGCCAGAUCUGGGAUUUAAGGACAAUUUUCAAAAACAAGGUUUAUGUGUCAAUUCCUUAGCAGUGUUUUCAAAUGGAUAGAAAAAUUUUAUGUCCGAGAGGGAGACAAGCAAAAUGAUGUUUUGGGACCUAAUCCUGUUCCCACUGGAGUUUUGUCAUUGAGUUCAGUGGGGGCAGGAUCCAGCCUUUUAAUAGCACUUGCUUAGUCCUGUGCUGUACCUCAACUAGAGAGCAGGCAAACUUGUUUAUAGCUUUUGUUCUGUAAGCUUUAAAAUCUCAGAAAACCUGUAACUUGGUCCAAAACUCUGACAAAUAGAAAGUUGUUUGAAAAAGACAGCACAUGUUUGAGCAACUUGGAUGUCUUUAACAGUUCCAAUGAAAAGGGCAGAGUUCACAGAGAAUUUUUUUUAUCAAUGAUUCAGAAUCAUGAAAGAAAUGAGCAUUUCUAGAAAUGAAAAUGAUGAAGGGAUGGGGCUUGUGGUUUGCUUUUUAACAAAUACUUUUGCAUUUGUGUAUGUACAUAUACAUACACAAAUUUACACACUAUUGAAGAGAUUAGUAGCAGUUAAUAUGUAGGUAAUUGUGAGUUUUAGGGCUACAUGCGCAUAAAACACACAUCAAGGGUUCCGAUAACAUCAUGAAACUCAUAAGAGCAAAGCUCUAGCAGUUUGUACCAGUUGUAUAAUAACUCCGAUGUGUUUUUAGCCUCACUCAGAGUUUUCAUGUUAUGUUUUAUAUACUUGAUGGAUCACAAGACUUUAAACAAAAACAUUUAUUAAAACCAUAUACAGACUGUUCCUCUGUACGUUUCCCUGCAUGUUGUCCUUGUGUUCUUUUGGCAGGAUAGAAUUAGUAUUACAAGAAGAAAAACUUUUUGUACAUUUUGUAAACUUAGCUUAGCUGUCUAUUGGAGAGCUUUGAGCAGUUGAUUAUUGGGCAGGAUUGUGAUGUGAGAAGUGACUCAUCCAGACAUCACACAAUUAGCUAUACGUCAGGUGCAUGUUGCACAGUCCUUUUCAUCGAAGCUCUGGAUAUGUUUUAUUGCAUUUUCUCACAUUUUAAAAACUGUCCUAUUUGAAAGCUGUGAUAUCACAGUCAUGAAACUGAGCCCUCUGAUUCCGUCCUGGUCCUAAGACAGGCCUUCUUUCACUACCUGGCAGCGGGACUGGGACUUUUGUGAUAGCCAGUAAAUAAUGACUAAGGGAUGUGUAUGUCUUGUUGGGAGGUUUUGCCUUUAGCUCUUUGUGCUGCUUGUUUCUUUCAGAAGUUUGGACUCUGAAAAUCUCCUAAUUCAUCCAGCUUAAUCCUGUGCGGUGUUAAGGGCCUUCAGCACUGUUUGGCUUUGGAGGAAGGUGCUGAGCAUUUUACAGGAUCAACCCCAAACUGAGCAAAAAAAGGGGCCUAAUCCUGCUCCUAUUGUUUUCAGUGUGAGUUUUGCCAUUGACCACAGUGGGAGCAGACUUGGGUGCAAAUGCAGGAAGACUCACAAUAUUGAUGAAGUGUCCAGAAGAAACAAGAAUUACAUGGCACGAAAGACAAUAAGGAACAAAUAAGCCUCCUCAAAUGGAGAUGACAUGGUGCACAGUGAACCUCCCCAAAAUAUAUUUGCUUUCCCUGACUCAUUUACUCUCAUUACUACUGCUUUUGUAUUUUUCAGUGAUGUUGCACUUAUAAAUCACUGGUAACUAACAAGUGUUCUACAUAUUGCUAAAAGACUGGGCAGCUAAAAAACAGAAAUGCACUGUGUGCCACUGUAAAAACGGGCUUUUUAUUGUUUCUUUUUAUCUUAGCGAGGGAGAUGGUUAUGUUUCAGAAUUUUUUUUAAGGUCAAAUGUGUAUGAAUUGCAUGUAAUCCUGGACUUUUCAUUUGUACAUCUUGGUGUCUAAUCAUCUGCAUGGAAGAGACAAUAGUGCCCUGUCUGAGCUUGUUCUCUUGUGCUUGGUUAAUAUGUACUUCUCUGGAUUGUUGAGUUUCCAAAAACAACAUUCCUUUACAUUUGAUUAUUUGGAGGCAUUCAAAGCAAAACAUCAUGGUGGCCCUUUGUUUUCUUACAGAUUAAAAAAAAAAACCGAUCACCUUUGAUUAAAAUUAAUUUGUUAGUGUAAAUACAUUUCUUGCCAAUGAGUAUUAUUGUUAGACAACGAAUGCAAUAAAAAGAGAACUACUGAAACUUG